AUGCAGAAUCAAAAUGAUAUGGUGAAGGAUGAAGCGGAAGUCGCUGCAUCCAUUUCGGCACUCAAAGGUGAAGAAUGGGGAUGCUGUUCUGUGGAAGAUGAACCUUCUUUUCAAGAAGAAGAAUCUGCCAAAGUUCCUUAUGUUGGUGAUAAGGAACCUCUCUCUAGUUUAUCUGCAGAAUACCAAGCAGGGAGUCCCAUUUUGCUGGAGAAGAUAAAGAUACUGGACAAUCAAUAUAUUGCAAUCAGGAGAACAAGAGGAGAUGGAAAUUGCUUCUUCCGAAGUUUUAUGUUCUCGUACCUUGAGCAUAUUUUGGAAUCUCAAGAUCGUGCUGAAGUCGAUCGUAUCAAGCUCAAUGUUGAGAAGUGUAGAAAGACUCUGCAAAACUUAGGUUAUACAGAUUUUACGUUUGAGGACUUCUUUGCGUUGUUCCUUGAGCAACUAGACGACAUCCUCCAAGGAAGCGACGAGUCUAUAAGCUAUGAAGAGCUGGUAAAUAGAAGUAGAGAUCAGUCCGUCUCCGAUUACAUUGUAAUGUUCUUCAGGUUUGUUACUGCUGGUGAAAUACGAACCCGUGCAGAGUUUUUCGAGCCCUUCAUAACAGGAUUAUCAAACGCAACAGUGGAUCAGUUUUGCAAGUCAUCUGUUGAGCCGAUGGGAGAAGAGAGCGACCAUAUUCACAUCACAGCGUUGUCAGACGCGCUUGGUGUAGCAAUCCGGGUUGUGUACCUUGACCGUAGCUCAUGUGAUAAUGGAAGUGUCACUGUGAACCAUCAUGACUUUGUUCCUACGGGCACUAAUGAGAAAGAAGAAGAAGCUUCUGCUCCUUUUAUAACCUUGCUCUAUCGUCCAGGCCAUUACGAUAUCCUCUACCCUAAGUCAUCUUGUAAGGUAUCGGACAAUGCGGAAAAAUGA